GACCGGAUCUUGCCCGCUCCCCGCCGCGCAACAAAGAACCGGGAGCCCCGCGCCGCGAUGGCACCGUGAGCGGCGGCCCCGCCAGGAUUCUGCCCAUUGAUGAUUAAAACAUCGCCUGGAGUUUGGGAAUGGAUCAGAUGCGUCAGUCAAAUGCUACCACAUUGCACCCAAAGAGAGGAAUGCCAUCCAGCUGGGGGAGGGCUUUCGAGCUGUUGCUCUGCUGCUGAACAGCAUGCAGUCCUUUCGGGAGCAAAGUAGUUACCACGGAAACCAGCAGAGCUACCCGCAGGAAGUGCACGGAUCAUCCCGACUGGAGGAGUUCAGCCCGCGCCAGCAGGCCCAGAUGUUCCAGAGCUUCGGAGGAGGUACUGGCAGUGGACGUCGCGGAGCAGCAGGAGCCUCUACAGCGAUGCCUGGUGAGAGCUCUGGCCAUCAGAGCUACCAAGGUUUCAGAAAAGAAGCAGGAGAGUUUUACUAUAUGGCUACCAACAAAGAUCCAGUGGCGUCAGGAGGGCAGCAGCCGCCUCAGCGCAGGCCUUCUGGACCGGUACAGAGCUAUGGGCCCCCUCAAGGGAGUAGCUUUGGGAGUCAGUAUGGGAGUGAGGGACACGUGGGCCAAUUUCAAACACAGCAUUCGACCCUUGGGGGCGUAUCCCACUAUCAGCAGGAUUAUACUGGUCCUUUCUCUCCAGGGAGUGCUCAGUAUCAGCAGCAGGCUUCUAGCCAGCAGCAGCAGGUACAACAGCUGAGACAGCAGAUCUAUCAGUCUCAUCAGCCUUUACCCCAGGCUUCCAGCCAGUCUGCUUCUAGCACCUCGCACUUGCAGCCAAUGCAGCGUCCAUCCACCCUGCCUUCCUCUGCUUCUGGGUACCAGUUACGAGUGGGUCAGUACAGCCAACACUAUCAGCCACCUUCGUCGUCCUCGUCCUCCUCUUUCCCUUCCCCACAGCGUUUUGGCCAGUCAGGACAGAAUUAUGAUGGAAGCUACAGCGUGAAUUCUGGGUCACAGUAUGAAGGCCAUGCCGUGGGUUCCACUGCACAGGCAUAUGGGUCCCAGUCAAACUACAGCUUUCAGAGUCAACCAAUGAAAAGCUUUGAGCAGUCUAAGCUGCCCCAAAGUGGGCAGCAGGGGCAGCAGCAGCAGCAGCACCCACCUCAGCAUGUAAUGCAGUAUUCAAAUGCUGCCUCCAAGCUCUCUCUUCAAAGUCAAGUGGGACAGUACAGCCAGACUGAAGUUCCUGUAAGGUCACCGAUGCAGUUUCACCAAAACUUCAGUCCAAUCUCUAAUCCAUCUCCUGCUGCAUCUGUGGUUCAGUCUCCAAGCUGCAGCUCCACCCCUUCUCCUCUCAUGCCGGGUGGAGAAAAUCUCCAGUGUGGGCAAGGCAACAUGUCUAUGGGUUCUAGAAACCGAAUCCUGCAGAUGAUGCCUCAGCUUAGUCCUACACCAUCUAUGAUGCCAAGUCCCAAUGCUCAUGCAGGGGGAUUCAAGGGGUUUGGGCUGGAAGGACUGCAGGAAAAGAGGCUCACAGAUCCAGGGCUGAGUAGCCUGAGUGCCCUAAGUUCUCAAGUGGCCAAUCUGCCCAACACAGUCCAGCACAUGUUGCUUUCAGAUGCCUUGGCACCUCAGAAAAAAAGUUCCAAAAGGUCAUCCUCUUCAAAGAAGGCUGACAGCUGCACAAACUCAGAAGGCUCUUCCCAGGCAGAGGAGCAGCUCAAGUCCCCCCUGGCAGAGUCCCUCGAUGGUGGCUGUUCCAGUAGUUCAGAGGAUCAUGGGGAAAGGGUGAGACAGCUGAGUGGCCAGAGCACAAGCUCAGACACUACCUACAAGGGGGGUAACUUAGAAAGAUCCAACUCCUCACCAGCACAAGGCUCUCAGAGUGAGCCCUCAAAACUCAGCACCAGCCCUGCAGCUAGGGAAGAUGUGGCCUCCCCUGAUGGGAAGGAAGCUGUGGUGGCAGUGGAAAAUGCCCCAAAAGUGAAUGAAAAGGCAGUUGGAGUGAUUGUCUCCCGGGAGGCUAUGGCAGGUAGAGUAGAAAAGUCAGGUGGACAAGAGAAACCUGCACAGGAUGAUGUUUCCACAGCCACUCAGACACCAAUUAGUGCUAGCGGAGCAAAGGAAGCUGGGCACGCAGGGCCACAGCCAGAAGCUCAAGGAGGUACUAAGGGGAGCAAAAGUGGAGAUAACACUAACCAUAAUGGAGAGGGGAACAGCCAGCCCAGCAAUGCGGUUGUUGGGUCAAAUUUUCCUGUGAGAACAGAACCUUCCAAAUCUCCAGGCAGUUUAAGAUACAGUUACAAAGAUAAUAUAGCAGCUGGCAUACAGAGAAACAUUGGUGGUUUUCCACAGUAUCCUUCUGGUCAAGAAAAAGGGGAUUUUCCAGGACACAGUGAGCGCAAAGGGAGGAAUGAGAAGUUUCCUAGCCUCCUACAGGAGGUCUUACAGGGUUACCACCAUCAUCCAGACAGAAGGUAUUCUAGGAAUGCACAGGAACAUUCUGGGAUGGCUGGGAGUUUGGAGGGAGCCAUGAGGCCCAAUAUCUUAAUUAGUCAAGCCAAUGAAUUGACGAAUAGAGGCCUCUUAAAUAAAAGUAUGGGGUCUCUCCUGGAAGGCCCUCACUGGGGUCCCUGGGAUAGGAAGUCUAGCAGCGCAGCCCCUGACAUGAAGCAGAUAAAUUUAGCUGAUUAUCCUAUUGCUAGAAAGUUUGAAAUGGAAUCUCAGUCUUCUUCUCAUGAAGGGGGAGCGCUCUCGGAGAGGAGAUCAGUGAUCUGUGACAUAUCUCCAUUAAGGCAACUUGUCAGAGAUCCUGGUCCUCACCCAAUGGGGCACAUGGGUCCUGAGGGCAGAAGUGGAAGGAGUGAACGUCUUGCCCCUGGCUUAAGCCAGUCAGUAAUACUCCCUGGUGGUUUAGUAUCCAUGGAAACAAAGAUGAAAGCUCACAGUGGGCAAAUAAAAGAAGAAGAGUUUGAACAGUCAAAGAGCUCAGUUAGUCUUAAUAAUAAAAAGACAGGAGACCAUUGUCAUUCUGCUGGCAUCAAGCAUGAGUCUUUCCGAGGCAAUGCUAGCCCUGGAGCUGCAGUCUCCGAUUCUGCUCCAGACUACAUUCCCCAGCAGGAGAGCAGAUCAACACAGCUGAGACGAGCACCUGGCAGAACUGGAAGCAGCAGGGGUAAAUCACCUUCUCAAUUUCAGGAUCUUGCUGAUAAGCUGAAAAUGUCACCGGGCAGAAGCAGAGGCCCAGGAGCAGAUCUGCAUCACAUGAACCCACACAUGACGCUAUCUGAAAGAGUUAACAGGGGUUCCUUGCAUUCUGGCUACCCUCAGAACUCAGAAGGCUCAUCUUUGGCUGCAGCAUAUCAUGCAAAUGCUAGGCCUCAUCCUUUUGGUGACCCCAACCAGAGCUUAAAUUCCCAGUAUCAUUACAAGAGACAGCUAUACCAGCAACAGCAAGAAGAAUACAAAGAUUGGGCAAGCAGCGCUGCUCAGGGUGUGAUUGCUGCAGCUCAGCACAGACAGGAAGGAGCCAGGAAGAGCCCAAGACAACAGCAGUUUUUGGACAGAGUAAGGAGUCCCUUGAAAAAUGACAAGGAUGGAAUGAUGUACCUUCAGGGUAGCUCUUACCACGAUACUGGAAGCCAGGAUCCUGGGCGCUGCAUUAUGGGAAGCGACAGCGCACAGGGUAAGUGCAUUGACCUAAAACACGGAAACCAGAAGCUGCAGCCGCAUGAGUCUGGUUGGGACCUCUCUCGGCAGACUUCACCUGCCAAAAGCAGUGGCCCUCUUGGAGCAGCCAACCAAAAAAGAUUUUGCCCCCAAGAAAGCGAUGGGCACAGACGAGAGGAAUCUACGGAUUUGCCCAAGCCUAGCAAUGCCAUGCUCAGGCUCCCUGGCCAUGAAGACCAGUCUCCUCAGAAUCCCUUAAUUAUGAGGAGGAGAGUCCGUUCUUUCAUCUCUCCUAUCCCUACCAAAAGACAGCCACAGGAUAUGAAGAACAGUGGCAGUGAAGAUAAAGGGCGAAUGAUGACGUCAGCAAAAGAAGGAGCUGAUAAAACAUACAACUCCUAUGCCCAUUCAUCUCAAAGCCAAGAUGUUGGCAAACCAGUUGCAAAGGGAGAUUCCUUCAAGGAUCUGCCAAGUCCUGAUGGUAGGAAUUGUCCCGCUGUUUCCCUCACAAGCCCGGCUAAGACCAAAAUAUUGCCCCCAAGAAAGGGGCGAGGAUUAAAACUGGAAGCAAUUGUUCAAAAAAUUACAUCUCCCAAUAUUCGGAGAAGUGUUUCCACCAACAGUGCUGAAACUGGUGCAGAUACUGUCACUCUUGAUGACAUCCUGUCCCUUAAGAGUGGACCUGAGGGAGGGAGUGUGUCUGCACAUGGGCCGGAGGCUGAGAAGAGGAAAGGAGAGAUGUUGUCAGAUCAAGCAGGGUCAGCAAGCCAGGAUGCAGCUAGUGAAAUAACUCUUGCGCGAUCCUCAGAAGAGUGGCAAGGCAACGAGGAUGAUAAAACCAAGAAAGACACUCCUGAAAAUGCCAGUGUUAGUAAAGAAGGGACAGGAUCCAGUGCAGCACCACCUCCUCAGAAGUCAGGUGGUCAGGGGAGGUCUGAUGGAUCCAUAAGCGGAGCCGGAACUCUGGCCUUUCCAGACUCAAAAACAGUUUCCCCUUCCAUUGUGUUUACUUCUGAACCAAACCCAAAGUCUGAGGAAAAAGAUGGAGAUGUGACAAACAUUUCACCCAAGCCAGAUGGCUUCCCUCCAAAGGGAUAUUUUCCUUCUGGAAAGAAAAAGGGGAGACCAAUUGGGAGCGUGAACAAGCAAAAGAAGCAACAGCAGCAGCAACAACAACUGCCACCGCCCCCACCACCUCCACCUGUACCUUCUCAGUCUUCGGAAGGGGUUGCUGGUGGUGAGCCAAAACCUAAGAGGCAAAGGAGGGAGAGGCGAAAACCUGCAGCUCAGCCACGGAAGCGGAAGCCUAGACGGGCUGCUCCGAUUGUGGAGCCUCAAGAACCAGAGAUCAAGCUUAAAUACGCUACCCAGGCUGUGGAUAAAACUGACUCCAAGAAUAAAUCCUUUUUCCCUUACAUUCACGUGGUAAACAAGUGUGAAUUAGGAGCUGUGUGCACAAUCAUUAAUGCGGAGGAAGAGGAGCAGAACAAAUUGGUGAGGGGUCGGAAAGGACAAAGGUCUUCAACACCCCCUCCUAGCAAUGUGGAGAGCAAAGUGCUGCCCACCUCAACUUUCAUGCUGCAGGGCCCUGUAGUAACAGAGUCUUCUGUCUUGGGGCAUCUGGUUUGCUGCCUGUGUGGCAAAUGGGCCAGCUAUCGUAACAUGGGUGACCUCUUUGGUCCUUUCUACCCCCAGGAUUAUGCAGCCACCUUGCCCAAGAACCCACCUCCAAAGAGGGCCACAGAAAUGCAGAGCAAGGUCAAGGUACGGCACAAAAGUGCUUCUAAUGGUUCCAAGACAGAUACAGAGGAGGAGGAGGAACAGCAACAACAGAAGGAACAAAGAAGCCUAGCUGCUCAUCCCCGCUUUAAGAGGCGGCACCGCUCUGAGGACUGUAGUGGAGCCUCUCGGUCACUUUCAAGGGGAGCUUCUUGUAAAAAAGCAACCACUGAAGGUGGCAGUGGUGGCGAAAAGACUCCUUUGGACUCAAAGCCCUCUAUGCCCACUUCAGAAGGUGGCACUGAGCUGGAGUUACAAAUUCCUGAACUACCUCUUGACAGCAAUGAAUUUUGGGUCCAUGAGGGUUGUAUUCUCUGGGCCAAUGGGAUCUACCUGGUCUGUGGCAGGCUCUAUGGGCUGCAGGAAGCUGUGGAGAUUGCAAGAGAGAUGAAAUGUUCCCAUUGCCAGGAACCAGGAGCCACCUUAGGCUGCUACAACAAAGGCUGCUCCUUCCGAUACCAUUACCCAUGUGCCAUCGAUGCAGAUUGUUUACUAAACGAAGAGAAUUUCUCAGUGAGGUGCCCCAAGCACAAGGUUAGGCUGUUGAGAUAAAAAGCGGUGGACAUUCGUGACUGAAUGGAAUCUCUCCCACUGUGCAGCCAUGCCCCCUCUCGACGUGCCUGCCAAUGCCAGCACUUCCUUCAUCAAUUCUUACAUCACACUCAAGACUGAUGACAUCACAGAAUCUGACCAAGGAGUCUGAACCAGCUGUUUCCAUGGACACAAUCUCCAUAGUGACAGUGGGAAGGGGAGGGGGAAAAAGGAAACAGGUGGGGGGAACUAAAGAGGGAGGGAUAAAUAUAUAUAUAUAUAAAGAUCUAUUUUUUAGUCUUGAAAGACUUUGUUUUAAAUGAAAGGUGCGCUAUCCCUUUUGAUGCUUUUGAUUAAAAUUAACAAAAACCCAGAUAAAUUUAAAAAACAAAUUUGUAGCUGAAGUAAAUAUUAAAUCCAAAAUCAAGCAAGGCUCAUGAAGCCUGACAUUUGGCAGGAAAGAACAGUGGUUCUGGGAGCAGUCUGGACUGGGUUUGUGUCCUUUCCUCUUGCCUUCUUUCUUUCUCACAACAUCCAAGGAAGUCCAAUUUUAAAGGAAAACAAAAUCACAGGAUAAAUUGUUUGAAGGGUAUGGGAGGACGGUUUGAUUGGAUGCAGGUGGUGGGGCAUUUUUACUUUGUGUGUGUGGGAUAGGGAGGUCAUAGUUUUAAGAAACACUGUGUUGAUAGUGGGAGCUUGAUAAACAUCUGAAGACCCUUAGGUCAUGUGGAUCACAAAGUAAGAGGAAACUGCUGUUUGCUUAGAUCAUGCACACAAGCGUACACAUUUUACAUGUGGGAACUACCUGUUAGAGAAGGAAGCAGCUGCCCUCUGCAGCACGCAACCCAGGUGAUAGCCAGGAGCUGCCUUCAGCACUGGAGGCAGCGGGGAGGUUUGCUUUACCUGCCAGACUGGGGAGCUGGGAAGGAAGUCUGAAUGCUGGUGGAAUCAAUGUAUUUUCAGAGUGGUCAGAAAAUCCACUUAGCCCUUUUUUGUUUUAUGUUUUGCUUUUCCAGAAGAAGGAAUGUCAGUGUAACAGGCUACACUAUAUGGUUAUUUGUUGUGGGUUUCUUUGUAAAUUAUGUAACUGUAAACACUUGGGUUUAAGAAACAUCAACUGAAAAAAAAACAAAAAAAAACACAGUUUUUUUCUUAUUAAGGCCUUAAGAAAGGGGUUAGUGCAUCUUUCAGGGGUCACUCUGCCAUGGGAAUAAAAUAGCUGUUUCACAAACAGUUUUAUAUAAAAAAGCUUAAAAAAAAACACCAAAAAAAACUAAUAAACUUCAUUUUAACCUUA